CCGCGUGUGUCAGAACGAGCUCCGAUCUUCCAAGAGGUCAACUUGUUUCCAACAGCAUCAAUGCAGUCAAAGGCAAGCCAGGCAGUUGCUCCUCCACCAGAACAGCUCCACCAUUGCGACACACGCGUCAUGCAAACGAGCUCUUUCCCAGUUCGUGAGCUUGAUGACUGCCCAAGUGGCAGCUGAAAGAGAAACCUCCAACUGCCAGCAGGAGCAUGACACAUGCCUCGCGUCACUUGCACCUGUUGCCUGGUCCACUGCUCUCAGCAUAAAAGACUUUCCUCUGCUCCGGUUGUGCUUCUUCCUCCUCCUCUUCUUCUCUCUCAUAAUCCACCACCUGACUAUCAUCCAUCAUCCAUCACAACGAUCAAUAAUCACAUUCAACCUCAAAACACCUUCAAGACCAAUCACUUCAAUACCAAUCUCCAACAUGUCUGAUCUCGGUCGCAAGGAUAUGUCCGACAAGGCGCAGGAGAAGAUCACUCCCGACAGCCAGAAGUCUACCCUUCAACAGACCAAGGAGACCCUCACCGGCACUGCUGACAAGGCCGCUCGCGACACCCAGCCUGACUCUCACAAGUCCACCACUCAGCAGAUGGGUGACAAAAUGUCCGGCUCCAAGGACUCUCACUCUCGAUCCACCGAUGACAAGUCCAUGCUCGACAAGGCCAAGGACACCGUGGGCCUGGGCGACAAGCACUAAACGUCUUUCGACGUCUCUUCGACCUCGUCACGUCUCCGUGAGUCGGUUCACCUGAGGCUGUCGAUUCAGCAAGCGAGAAUGAAUGGCAGGCAGCACAACAGGAGGGUAUCUUCUGGAGGGUGUCGUGGCGUCUGAAUGAUGGAGGUCCCAUCACUGGUAUGAAUAUUGCGUAUAGCUUAACCUGAAAUCAAACAUGCCCACAAGGCAUCUUGUCCUGUGAUU